AGGGGUCGGGACAAAGGGAACGUCGGUAUGAGGGGCGGGAAGUGGCAGAAGAAUGUGCGCCAGAAGUACGACCAGAAGGGACAGCAGCAGCAGAAGAAGAGGGACGCCUCUGUGGACGUGAGGCCCACCUGGAAGAUCAUCGAGGAGAUGGACUUCCCUCGACUCAGCAAACUAUCGCUUCCAGCGGUUCCCGAAGGCAAAGACGUGUACACUUGCGGUGCACUCGAGUACUACGACAAGACCUACGAUAGGGUGACCUCUAAGAACGAGAAGCGCUUGACUCGCGUGAACCGAAUCUUCCAUAAAGUGACCACAACUGACGACCCAAUCAUUAGACAACUGUCCAAAACGGAGGGCAAUGUGUUCGCGACGGACGCCAUACUGGCGGCCCUGAUGUGCGCCACCCGUUCGGUGAUAUCGUGGGAUAUAGUGGUCCAGAAAGUGGGAAAUAAGUUGUUCUUCGAUAAGAGGGACGAAUCGGAGUUUGAUUUACUGAACGUUAACGAGACGGCCGCCGAACCGCCCUUUUAUACGGACGACGGCACCAAUAGUAUCAAUUGGCCGCGCAAUCUGGCACUGGAGGCGACGUUCAUUAACCACAACUUCUCGCAACAGGUCCUGAAGACCGGCGAAGAGAAGUUUAAGUUUGAGAAACCCAACCCUUUCGCUCAGGAGGACGAGGAGGGAGAGGUGGCGUCAGUGGCCUAUCGGUACAGGAAAUGGGAUUUGGGAGACGGUGUGGAACUGGUGGUCCGCUGCGAACACGACUCGGUUAUGAUGGGACCCAACGGUGAGGUGCAGUUCGUCAACAUUAAGGCCCUCAACGAAUGGGACCCCCGAGUGGGCGGUGGUAUCGAUUGGCGACAGAAGCUGGACGUCCAGAGGGGAGCCGUGUUGGCCAACGAACUGAAGAACAAUUCGUGUAAAUUAGCGAAAUGGACGGUCUCUGCGCUGUUGGCCGGAUCCGAUCAAAUCAAAUUCGGAUACGUAAGUCGUGUCCACUUCAGGGACUCCUCCAAACACGCCAUCUUAGGUACGCAACAGUUUAAGCCCAAGGAGUUCGCGGAUCAGACGAACCUCAAUAUGGAUAACGCGUGGGGAGUGUUGAGGUGUAUAAUCGAUGUCUGUAUGAAACUGAAAGAAGGCAAGUAUCUGAUCCUUAAGGACCCGAACAAAGCCACUCUCCUCUUGUACGACAUCCCCGACCAGACCUUCGAGACCGAUGAGGACGAAGACAGUGAUGGCGACGACGAGGAGGAAGACAAUGAGAACUAAUGUUUCGGUUUUCGAGAUUUAGGUUUAUUUUUGCCGUAUUUUGUAUUGUAUUUUGAUUUGAUAUAAAUCAUUAAAAAUAUAAUAAUUGUAUAACA